AUGCCUUCAUGUGUGGCUUUCAACUGCUCAAAUCGGAAGCAUAAAGGAUGUGGGAAGACGUUCCACAGAUUUCCUCAUCGGAAUCCUGCCCUCUUGACGGACUGGCUAGUGAAAAUUAGGAGGGAUUGCUGGGUACCAAAGCAAUGCUCUCUCAUCUGUUCCGAUCACUUUGAAGAGAAGUGUUUUGACAAGACAGGACAAACAACACGACUUCGUGCAGACGCUGUUCCUACUAUCUUUAGAUUUCCAGCACAUCUUAUAAAGACUACCAAGGAACGGAAAUCUCCAUUUCCUCGUGACUACCAAGAGUCAGAGAAGAAUGUCUUGGCUCCUGACACCUGUUCAACCAACCAUCCCUGCAGUUCCUCCGUCCCUUGUGACUCGACUCCAUCAAGACCACAGCCAGAGAAGGAACUCUUAGCUCCUGACACCUCCCACAGACCACAGGACAUUACAAAUAAUCCCCAAACGCCUGUGAAGAAGAAGUCAAGUCUGCAAGAUCACAGUUACUGUGUUGAGCAAAGUCCAAGGACUAUAAAACGUAAGCUUGACAAACUGUUUGAUGUUGCCACUUCAUUCCAGAAACGUCUGAGGUCUUCGCAGGCAAAGUCACGGCGAUUACGUAAGAAGGUCGAUUCAUUGCAGGAAGUUGUAAGGGCACUGGAAAAAAAGAAAUUUCUCUCAGAAAAUGGCGUCGAGAUACUGAUGAAGACGUGUGACGUACCUGCUGAGAUAAUGAAGAGAAUGGUGAAAAGGAGGAAGACUGGCACUACUACAAAAGAGAAAUACCACCCUUCACUACGUUCGUUUGCCCUCACACUCCAUUUCUACUCCGCGAAGGCUUACAGAUAUGUGCGGAAAAUAUUUGAUCUUCAGCUGCCUCAUCCAUCGGUAAUACGCAAAUGGUAUAGCUCGAUAGAUGGAAAUCCUGGCUUCACAGACGAAGCAUUUCGCACACUUGAGAUCAAAGUGAAGGAAGCAAGAGAAUCUGGUCAUGAACUCCAGUGUUCCCUUAUGUUGGAUGAAAUGGCAAUCAAGAAACUUGUACAGUGGGAUGGCCACAAAUUUCACGGCUAUGUAGAUACUGGAACAGACAACACAGAUGACACCAACCCAGUUGCGUCUGACGCUCUAGUUUUCAUGGUUGUGGCACUCAAUGGAAGCUGGAAGUUACCAGUAGCCUACUUCCUCAUCCAUGGAAUGUCAGGUGUGGAGCGUGCCAAUCUCAUAGAGCAAUGCCUUUGUUAACUAUGAGCCUAAUAAUUGCAUGUAAAGAUAACAAUUGAAACAAUCAUAAGUACAGGGGGAAUUUUGUUUCUCUGUUUCUAUUGCAAAACAGGAGGUGGUGAACAUUGAGGAAUUCAUGAAGUCGAUCGACGGCCAGCAGCGCUCCCAACCGUUCAUAAUGGCCAGGGGUAGCAAGAUCAACCCUGCACAGACAUACGUGAUAGUCGAGAGGCACGCCAUCGAGACAGCAAGCCUG